UUGUAAGAUUGAUUCAUAGCUAAACAUUAGCAAAACCAUCAAAACUUUGACACAAAAAUUAGCAUCUUCAAGAUCAAAUCCUUCAUGAAGUCAAAAAAGAAAGUUCAAAUCCCUCAUCCCAAAAAGAAGGAAGAGAAGAAGAAAAUGAGUCAAAACACAAAAGCACUUCUGAUUGGAUUAAUUGGUGCAGCUUUUACCUUAUUUGCUUACUCACAAACCUUCAUAUCACCAAGUCAAAGCAUCACAAUUGGUCUCCUUGUUCUCAUGUUUGGAUUGCUUGUAGGAGAAGGUCUUAUACCUUUGUAAUUCAUCCUUAUUUUCAUUUUCUCCUUCAAUUUCCCCUUCAUCUAUGUCUAUGAAUUUUACAAGCGUAUGUGUAAUAUGUCUUUAAUGGGAUAUUUUAAUUUCUUGCAAGUUUUUUCCUUUCAUGUUUUUAGUUUGAAUUAAAUAUAGGUUUAUGAACGGUUGAAGGAAAAGUGGAAAACUUAUUUAUAUUUUGAUGUUCAUGUAUUAUAUAUUUAUUUAUAUUUUGAGUUCAUGUAUUAUAUA